AUGAGCUAUCAAACUCAAAUUGAAGAAUUGGAACCUGAAGACAAUAUGAGAGGCGAGCUUGAGGAUCUAUAUGUCAACAUCAAAACAUUUAUUCAAGAGCAACUAGGUGUGGAUUUGCUUAUGUCGUUACGAGCUCACACAUUUUCACCUGUCUCAUCAAAUACAAGAUUCCUAUCAUUGAAAUUGCCGUCGUUUAGUGGAAGAUACUCCGAAUAUAAACAUUUUAUUUCGUCUUUUAAUCAAAUCAUUGACAGAGAAGUUGAAUUGUCAAAUAUUGAACAAUUCAAUCAUUUGUUAAACUGUUUACAUGGACAAGCAUUGGAUACCGUAAAGGCAUUUCAAGUUAGUAACGAAAAUUAUCCAAAGGCACUUCAAGGAUUGAAAUCCCGCUAUGGUAAUAGCAGCUUAAUUUUUAUGGAAAAUAUUGCUUGA